AUGAGCAAAAGAGGUUGCGGGCUCGGGAGAUCCGUCCUCUUCGGAGGCGGUUGCCAUGGAGAUGUCUGGCUUUUUAAAUUUCUGGCCUGUCCCCCCCCACCCCUCCAUCCUGUCUUUUCAACAGAGGAUCUUUGCCAAGGCGACAAGCUUUUCGGGAAGCGGCUUCUGCAGGCCGGGCGUUACAUCAUGUCCCACAAAUCGUGGAUGAAGACAGUGCCCACGGAAAACUGCGACGUCCUCAUGACCCUUCCAGACACGACGGAUGACCACACCCUCCUGUGGCUGCUCAACCACAUCCGCCUCGGGAUCCCCGAACUCAUCAUCCAGAUACGGCAUCACAAGCAUACACGGGCCUACGCUUUGUUUGUCACUGCGAAUUACGAGAGUUUGCUCCGGGGGGCGGAUGAGAUCGGCUUGCGGAAGCCAGUGAAGGCGGAAUUUGGGGGUGGCAUGCGCAGCUUUUCCUGUGAGGAAGAUUACAUCUACGAGAACAUAGAAAAUGAACUUUAUUUUUUCACUUCUCAGGAACGCCAAAACAUCAUCAGGUAUUGGCUGGAGAACCUGCGAGCCAAACAAGGGGAGACGCUGCAUAAUAUUCACUUCUUGGAAGGGCAGCCGAUCAUCCCCGAGUUGGCCGCCCGAGGCAUCCUCCGGCAGGUCUUCCCCAUCCAUGAGCAGCGGAUCCUCAACCGGCUGAUGAAGUCCUGGGUUCAAGCCAUUUGCGAGCCUCAGCCUCUGGAUGAGAUCUGUGACUACUUUGGGGUGAAGAUCGCCAUGUACUUCGCUUGGCUGGGCUUCUACACCUCCGCCAUGGUCUACCCGGCCGUCUUCGGCACGCUGCUUUACACCCUCACCGAGAGCGACCAGACCAGCCGGGACGUUUGCUGUGUGAUCUUCGCCAUCUUCAAUGUAAUCUGGUCCACGUUGUUUCUGGAGGAGUGGAAGCGCCGGGGGGCUGAGUAUGCCUAUAAGUGGGGGACGCUGGAUACGCCCGCAGAGUCCAUAGAGGAGCCUCGGCCCCAGUUUCGGGGUGUGAAGCGCGUCAGCCCCGUGACCAAUGCUGAGGAGUUUUACUACCCGCCGUGGAAACGGCUGGUCUUCCAGUGUCUGGUGAGCCUGCCCAUCUGCCUCUUCUGCCUCUCCUUCGUCUUCCUCGCCAUGCUGGGCUGCUUCGAGUUGCAGGAAUUUGUGAUGAGCAUCAAGGAGUUGCCGCGGAUCGUGCGCUUCUUGCCGAAAAUCGUGCUGGCCGUCAUCGUCACUGCCUGUGACGAGGUCUACAGGAAGAUCGCCUACUGGCUCAACGACAUGGAAAACUACCGCUUACAGAGUGCCUAUGAAAAAAACCUCAUCAUUAAAAUGGUCUUGUUCCAAUUUGUAAAUUCAUAUCUAAGUCUUUUCUACAUCGGAUUCUACCUCAAGGACAUGGAGCGACUCAAGGAGAUGCUGGCCACGCUCCUCAUCACUCGCCAGUUUCUGCAGAACAUCAAGGAGGUCUCCCAGCCUCAUCUUUACAGCAAAUUCAAGCGGGGGGACCUUAGUGCCCAAAAUCUCCGGGAGGUAGCCCAUACCCUCUUCCGGCUGCUGACCCAGAGGGCCGUCCGGGGGGAGAAGAAAUGCCUCAACGGGGGCUGUGGGGUGACUGAGGAAGAGGAGGAGGAGGAGGACGAGCGGGAGGACUCGGAAGAGGAGGAGAGCGGGCUGAAGCUGAAGAAGGUGAGCUUCAUCGAGAAAGCCGAGCGCAAGGCGGGCGAGCUGAGCCUGCAGGAGGCGAGCUUCCUGGAGGAAGGAAGCCCGACCAUGGUGGAGAAGGGCAUGGACCCGGCCUCGGUCUUCCAGCUGGGCGAGGAUGAUGAUGAUGAAGAGGAGGAGGAGGAGAGCGAGGGUGGCCCCCUCCGGGCCCCGGCCGAGGCCAGGGACCCCGCUCUGGUCCUACGGGGUCCCCAGGCCCCCAAAAACCCCGGCGGGGAAGAUGAUGACAACGAAGAGGAGGAGGAGGAAGAAGAAGAAGAGGAGGAAGAGAGGAGGCAGCACCAGCAGCAGCGGCGGCGCCACCGGAAGGCCACGCGGACCUCGUGGAUCGACCCGCCCAAGGAGACCUUCACCCCCCGGCUGGCCCAGGCCGAAGUGGAGAGUUGCAUGAAGAAGUAUGAGGACACGUUUCAGGACUACCAGGAGAUGUUCAUCCAGUUCGGCUACGUGGUCCUCUUCUCCUCGGCCUUCCCACUGGCCGCCAUGUGCGCCCUCGUCAACAACAUCAUCGAAAUCCGGAGCGACGCCUUCAAACUCUGCACGGGGCUCCAGCGCCCGUUCGGGCAGCGGGUGGAGAGCAUCGGGGAGUGGCAGAAGGUGAUGGAGGCGAUGGGGGUGCUGGCCAUCGUGGUGAACUGCUACCUGAUUGGCCAGUGUGGGCAGCUACAGCGCCUCUUUCCGUGGCUGAGCCCCGAGGGGGCCAUCAUCUCUGUGGUGGUGCUGGAGCAUUUCGCCCUCUUGCUGAAGUACAUCAUCCAGGUGGCCAUCCCGGACAUCCCAGCCUGGGUGGCCGAAGAAAUGGCCAAACUGGAGUACCAGCGCCGGGAGGCCUUUAAGAAACACGAGCGCCAGGCGCAGCACCACUUCCAGCAGCAGCAGCGGCGCAAGCGGGAGGAGGAGGAGCGCCAGCGCCAUGCUGAGUACCACGCCCGGAAGGAGCGCGAGGCCGGCCGCGAGGAUGGCAAGGCCAAUGGCCCCGGCGGUGGAGGCGGGAGCGGGCAGGAGCCCAGCCAUGAGAAGAGCCAGGGCAAGGGGAAGGGCCCGGGGGGCUCGGGGCACGGAUCCGAGAAACCCAAACGGCCAAGCUCCUUGCUGGCUACCAACAACGUCCUGAAGCUGAAACAGAUCAUUCCUCUGCAGGGCAAGUUUUUAUCCGGGACAGGGGCUGGCACGGGGGCCGCCCGUUCCCCCCAGUCCCCCACCAGCACGGACAACAAACUGCCCGGCUUCCUGAGCUUCAAGUUCUUGAAAUCGCCGGAGACGAAGCGGGAGGCCAACCCCGAGAAGGCUCCGUCGUCGCCCACCAAGUCCUUCAACCCCGUGUUUGGGGCCUACCAAGAAACUCACCGAGUGGGUCUGAGGUCCUCAAGAACGGAACCCUGGAACUCGGCCCCAGAAAUGUGUGGGAUUUUCGACUGGGCCUUGCCCGCCUCCGGUGAGCCUCCUAGUGCCACGUUCCAGAUCGAGGAAAGAAGAACAAAGUUCCUCUUAGACGUGGGUCUCCGUGGCUCCCUUGUCCAUCUCAUGGGGAGUGGGCAAAAGUUUGGGUCUCCUUAG